CGCGUUCAACUUUUUCUCGAGUACUUGUUGCACAACUACACGUUGACACAUCACUAUCGGACCAGAACUCUGAACGUAUCACAACUCGAGACACCUAUCCUCUUGCCGUCAUGGAAGUACUCACAGAGCAGCCCAAAACCUCGACCUUCACCCCACUUGCCGAGCAUCAAGCAACCACACCAGCCUCGUUUUACUCUGGUCCUCCGGUUCUUCACUAUUACAGCGAUCGCAGCAAGAUCCUGAUUCUACAACAUGAGGUCGAGUCCCUCCCUGCCUUCGCUCCUCUACUCUCAAAGGCCCGGUCUGUUUCGGCAUCACACUCCAAUGGCACGGAAACCAACGGAGACACCAACGAGACGCAAUCUCAAAAGGUCCUAGACAACGUCGAUGUCUGGGUAGCGUCGGACAAGCUCUAUCUGUUCUCAGCGUCUGCCAACUCGGGCGUCUCGAUUCCAUAUCCUGCAAUCUCCCUCCAUGCGAUACAGUCCCUCCCGGCACCUGACACUUCGGAACUGUCCUCCGAUGCGCCUGCGCCGUCACAAGGAGUGUAUAUGCAACUGGUCACUUCGUCCGAAGAGACAGACGAGGAACCAGACUCGAUAUCCAUCACCAUAGUCCCUACCGCCUCUGGGCCUCCCGAACAGACCACGGGCGACAGCAAUCCCGACCCAAUUGCGACCGAAGACAAGCCUCUGCAGACACCGGUCACGGCCAUGUUCAACGCGCUCUCAAAUUGCUCCAACUUGCACCCAGACCCCGUGGAGCCCGGUGACGAGGAGGGAGACCAAUACCAAAGCCAUUUGUUCCAGACCGGCCUUGCCUUUCCCGGCGCGAGCGACGGUGGACUGCCACCCGCGAUGCCAGGUAGCGGAGGUUGGAUCACUGCCGAGAACAUGCACGAAUUCUUUGACGAGGAGGGCAAUUGGAUCGGCAAAGAUGACGAUGAGGAAGAACAACAAGAUGUCGAGGAAGGAGCGGAAGGCGAGAACCUCGGCCCUGGUGCUGGGACGGUUCGUCCGAGACAGGAGGAGGACGGGGCGAAUGGCAAUGGCGAGGCUGCCGAUGGCAACGAAGAAACAAAGUGGCAGAGGACAUCGUGAGGCGUAUGUCAUAUCGCAAAAAAUGUAGAUGUUAGAACAAGAAAAAGGUCAAAUGAUACCCGUACAGUAGAUCAGAGGCAGAAAAAGACGUAUUGUAUCA